AGAAAUGUGGGUGAGGUCCUUCUAUUUCCGUGUCUGGGGAGAUAAGUGGUGUGAUUUCAGCGUUUGUCUUGAACAGUUAAAAAAUGCAGGACCCUAACGCAGAUACCGAGUGGAAUGACAUCCUGAGGAAGAAGGGGAUCCUUCCUCCCAAGGAGAAAACUCAAGAUGAGGUUGAUGAGGACGCUCUAGAGCAGCAGAUUCUUCUUCAGCAAGAAUCUGUUGUAAAAACCUAUGAGAGUAUGACUCUGGACCAGCUGGAUGAGAACGAGGAUGACUUCAGUGAAGAGGAUGAGGCCGCCAUCGAGAUUUACAGGCAAAAGAGGCUUGCAGAAUGGAAAGCCACCCAGAUAAAGAAUUGCUUUGGAGAAGUAGUGGAGAUCUCUGGGCAGGACUACAUCAAGGAGGUGAACAAAGCUGGAGAGGGCAUCUGGGUUGUGCUGCAUCUCUACAAACAGGGAAUUCCUCUGUGCACCCUGAUAAACCAGCAUCUGUCAGAGAUGGCCAGGAAAUUCCCCCAGACCAAGUUCCUGAAGUCCAUCUCCACCACAUGCAUCCCCAACUACCCCGACCACAACCUACCCACCAUCUUUGUCUACCACGAGGGAGAGAUGAAGGCACAGUACAUCGGGCCUCUGGUCUUCGGGGGCAUGAACCUCAAAGCUGAGGAGCUGGAGUGGAGGUUAUCAGAAUCUGGUGCUGUCAAGACAGACCUGGAAGAAAACCCCAAGAAGCAGAUUGAAGACAAGCUGAUGUCGUCGAUCCGAUCCACUCUCCCCACACGGAAAGACAGUGACUCCGAAGAGGACUAGCGCGUAACACCAAAUAACAUUACUCUUAACGCUCAACCAUCACUGUGUGUGAGGAUGGCUCUCUCCUGUGGUGAACUGCACACCUCUCACGCUCUCUAUGUUACCUCAGUCAGCAGAGAGGCUCCAUCAGAGUACUAUCCCUCCCCGGUUGAAAGAUCUCUUAUGUUACGAGAUCAUUCUCCUAAAUCAGAUCUGAACUUGUGUUUUUACAUAACAUUUGGUUGAAGAUUGUCCUUUUUUUUAUUUAACAUAUGUUUCAUAAUAAAUGACAAUAGAAAUGAAUACAUUUGUAAUUGUUUAAAUUAAAUGUAAGUAACCAUUCACCCAUGCCAUAAUCAGUUGACGCUUUUUAUAAAGUGUUCACCCUGAUCUGUGUAACCAUCACAUAAAGGACUCCUUUGACUGUGUUCACUGUU